GCUAAAUGUAGCAAUAAUAAUAACAAUUAAGAUCAGGUGAAAUCAGAAGGCAAUCUUCAACAUAAUCAAAUAGUGCACUUGAUGAACCAUUUCUAAAAUUUUUAGCUGAAAGUAAUUAUUUGGAAAGUGAAUAAUCAUCCUAAGAAAAUCAUUAAAAAUUAACUAAAUGCAAAACUGAACAUCUACUUUAACCAAUAUAGCUUCUAAACUCCAAUUCAUUUACUGUUAGUGAUAAGAAGGUAUGCAUAAAAUUAGAAAAAAUAGUUUUCAUUUCCAGCAAAUGAAAUUCUUGAAUGGGAAACUUUACAAAUAACAUUGCCACCAGAAGUAUAUCAAUUUUUAUUAUAUAUGAAAACUUAAUGUAGUAAUGGUACCAUAGUUUAUACAAAUGAAUAAAUAUAAGGUUUGUUUGAUGAUAGUAAAGUAAUCAUGUAUAAAUAGAUAUAUUAAAAAUAGUAAAAAUUAAUUAGAAUUAUUUUAAAAAUUGUUAGAUAAAGGAUGGAUAUCAAAAACAACAAGAUUAUUCAAUGAUAUUGCAAUUAAUUUUUAUGCAUUAGCUGUAAAGAAAUUAACAUAUGAAAAUUUGGUUUGGAUUAUAAGAUCAAUAAAAAGAGAUUUAAUAACUCCAACAGAAAGAUUAGUUUAAAGUAGGAUUAAAGAAUGUUAUGGUUUAAAAUACAAUAGAAUUGAAUGGGAAUUAAUAAUGAAUUAAUUAAAAUCUCAAAAAUAAUAAAUAAAAUUUCGUUCAUCUAAUGGAAAAUUGAUUGAAUUACCAUUAUUAUCAGUAAAGAACAUAAAGGAUCCAUUGAUAUAAGAAGAAACAUAUGGAAUUUAUAUUUAAUAAUAGAAUUGGAUAGUUGAAGAUGAAUUUUAACCAGAAUUAGAUAAAAAAUAAGAGUGGAAUAUAUUUAUAGAAUUUUUGAUGGAUUUUUUUGCUAAAACAAAUGCAUAAAAUAAUAAAAUUUUAAAAGGUGGUAGAUAUGGUUGUGCAUAAUUCAUAAAGUUAUUAGGACCUAAGAAAUUAAGAGAUUUAUCACUAGGAAGAUUAACUCUUUAUGUUUAAAUGGCAGUUAAUAAGAGUUACAUUCGAUAUAAUAAAACUAUUUUGAUAUAAGAAAGUAGAGAAAAAUCAGAACAUACAACUGAUAGUUCUGCUGAUGGUGAUCCAUAAAUUAAAAUAAGAGUUAAAGAACUUUAAGAGUAAUUAAUAGAAUUGCUAUUAGAUAAUCCUGAUGGGUAUGAUUUAAUAAUUAAAUAAGAGUGUAUCGUUGGCAUAAAUACCUACAUUAUUAAAAGAAAGAGUCAAUUUUGAAUUAAAUUUAAUUGAAUUAGGUUUUCCUAAACUUAAAAAUUUUAUUGAAAGUGUUAAAGAUGUCAUUUCCAUUGAAAAUAGUGGUAGAAAUAAUUUUGUUGCUAAAUUAAAUUAUUCUAAAUUACCUAAAAAAUAUUAAAGUAAUUUUAAGUAAUAAAUUAUUAGAAGUUAAAUAAAGUGAAUCCUUUAAUUAAAAAUAUAUUUACACUGUUUUAUAAAUGAUUAAAAACAUUUUAAGUAAACACAAAUAUGGAAUUAGUAUUAAUCAAUUAUAUUAUGAUUUAUCUUAGUAAUUAGGAGAAUGGUUUAAUUAUCAAAGAUUUUAAUGCUAAAGUUUUUUUUAGUUUUUAUAAAAUUAUGCUGAAAAUAUUCUAGUAAUAGUUUGUUAAAAAGGAAAUCAAUAUUUAAUUUAUGAAAGAGAUUUAAGAUUUUUACCUCCUCCAUAACCAACUUAAGAUAUUAAUGAUUAAUAAUUUGAAUAUAUCUUAAGUGAAGCCUUUUAAUGUAGUUUAGGAUUAUCCAUACCAUAAUCAAGUUUUUCUGGAAGUUGGCUUGGUAAAGUAGGAGAUUCUUAAAUUAGAUAAAAAACACCUCCUCGUAUUGAAGAUUCUCAUUAAGAAAUUAAAGAUAAUCUCAAAUUUAUUGAUGAAUUAUUAGGUAAUUAUUUAUUAUUCAACUAUAUAUUUAGGUAAUGAAAAUAAAUAAAAUGAUACUUAUUCAAUCUAAGAUUGGUCUGAAAAAUCAAUGAAUCCAUUAGGAAUGAUAAGUUCAAUAAAUUAUGGUCAUAGUGAAAUCCAAGAUUUCGAUCUAACUAAAGAAUUAUAAUUCUCAAUCCAAUAAUAAUAAUAGUAACAAUAAUAAUAAUAAUAAUAAUAAAAUUAAGAUAUAAAAAGAAAAUGA